CACACUGUUUUUUGUGCGUCGUAUUUUAGAAACGCCGGGAAACGCUGUUCUUUCCAUUUCUCAACUUAUUGCAAUUGCGCCAUAAACACACAUAAGUUACAAGAUGUCGGGAACAACACAAAAGCACAGGAACUUCGUAGCUGAGCCAAUGGGCGAUAAAUCUGUUACAGAAUUAGCUGGAAUCGGCGAGACGCUUGGUGGUCGCUUGGCCGACGCGGGCUUCGACAAAGCAUACACAGUUCUAGGUCAGUUCCUGGUAUUGAAGAAGGACGAAGAGCUCUUCAAGGAAUGGAUGAAGGAUGUGUGCCAUGCCAGCUCAAAGCAAGCGUCCGAUUGCUACAAUUGUCUCAAUGACUGGAGCGAGGAGUUCUUGUAAAAUGACCUUUUCUAUGCACGGACGCACCGGAGAAGAGUUUCAACAAAUUCAUACAAAUAUUCUCCACAAUAUAAAAUUAGUGUUGUCCACAAAUAAUCUUAAGGUAUCAUAAUAUAUAGCAAUUGUUAAUUUGAAGGUUAACUUUGCAAUAACUGUACAUGUAUUGGGCAUUGUAAAUUCACAAAAAAAAACCAACUAAGCAUUAAAUUAAUAAGCCUCGUGGUUAUUUAGAAAUACAACAAAUCGCAUUUAAUUCGAGAAUGUUUGAAAAUGAAAUUCGAUAAAUUAAUUGAUUUCCUGACCUUUGAAUACAUCGCAGAACAUAAAUCGAUAAUAAAAAGAGUGCUAGAACGACCAAUGCUUAUGGUUACCGGACUUGAAAAAGAGUAAAUAGAAAUAGUAAAUGCGUUUACGGUGGAAAUAAAUGGUUUUACUCGUUGUUUGAGAAAGGUAUAUAUGGUGUAAAAAUUAUAGCUGCAACGAAAUAAAUAUAUAAAGGAAUCGAAAUUAUUUACUUAUUUUGGUAUAUCUCGGCAUCAUACCAUACAUUUUACAAACUUAACUUGCGGUCACACUAUAACACAGGUGUUAAAGAAUACAGUGAGCCUCAGAUAUAGUCAGCAAUCUAAAAAACACUCGACGGCAAAUUUUAAGAACAAGACCAAUUAACGUGUCCAACGCCAUCGAGUGAAAUUUAUCGAUCAAGUGUUACAACUAAAAGCAAUAACAGAGACAACACCAACAACAACACGGCUACACCAGCAGAACAACGGCGUCUAUUAAAAGCAAACAACAGGAUCAGGAUCAAGCAGAAAAGCCAGCAAGUCACAACCAGAACAAGAACAACAAC